AUGGAUCUGAAACCGUUACUGAAGAAGCUUGGGUCAAUACUUCGUGCCAUUUUCACAUUCACCUUUGCUCUGCUUGUCAUGGGCGUGAUGGUGUGGGCCUAUGUUGACGGUUUCCAGCUAGUGACCUCCUCGUAUGGAAUCAUAUCGUUUGGCUUUUAUGGACUACUUCUCUCGCUCCAUGUUCUAGUACAGAGCUUCUUCGCCUUCGUUGAGCACCGUCGAAUGAGGGCUCUCAGCAAACCGUGCAGCUUGACUAAAACCAUCGGCUUCACUAUAUCAGCUUACCAGGAGGACCCUGCCUAUCUCAGAGAGUGCCUUAACUCCAUCAGGGCCCUCAAGUAUCCUCCUGAGCUGCUCCGCAUCAUCAUGGUGAUUGACGGGAACACGGAGGAUGACCGUUAUAUGAUGGACAUGUUCAUGGAGGUGUUUGCGGACCAGGACCCUGGCUGUUUUGUGUGGAGGAACAACUACCAUACAUGGGAUCCCACCCAGGCCCAGCAGGAUGUGGAAAUGGGCCCAGAAGGGGAUGCUGAUCGUACCAUGGGUGAAGAUCCACAGCGAAAAGAGGUAGAGCGGCUGAUCCAGAGCAAGAGUUGCGUGUGCAUCAUGCAGAAGUGGGGCGGCAAGCGGGAUGUGAUGUACACUGCGUUUAAAGCACUUGGUUCAUCAGUUGACUACAUACAGGUGUGUGACUCAGACACCAAGUUGGACACUCUGGCCACCGUGGAGCUGUGUAAAGUGUUGGAAAGUAACAACAAGUAUGGUGCCGUAGGGGGAGAUGUGAUGAUCCUCAACCUUAAAGACUCCUACAUCAGCUUCAUGAGCAGUCUGAGGUACUGGAUGGCCUUCAACAUCGAAAGGUCUUGCCAGUCCUUCUUCAACUGUGUGUCCUGCAUAAGCGGCCCUUUGGGUCUGUACAGGAACGAUCUCCUCCAGCAGUUUUUGGAGCCCUGGUACAAUCAAAAGUUUUUGGGAAGUCACUGCACAUUUGGCGACGACAGACAUCUUACCAACCGAAUGCUGAGCAUGGGCUUUGCGACAAAAUACACUGCCCGCUCCAAAUGCUACACAGAGACUCCAGCUCAGUUUCUGCGCUGGCUCAACCAGCAGACUCGCUGGACAAAAUCAUAUUUCCGCGAGUGGCUCUACAAUGCAAUGUGGUGGCACAAGCACCACCUGUGGAUGACCUACGAGUCCAUCGUCUCAGGCGUCUUCCCGUUCUUUGUCACCGCCACCAUCAUCCAGCUGUUUUGGACGGGCACGCUGUGGGACAUCCUCUGGAUCCUGUGCUGCAUUCAGCUGAUCGGGCUGGUGAAGGCAGCCUACGCCUGCAUCCUCCGCAGAGACUUUGUGAUGGUGUUCAUGUCCCUCUACUCGGCUCUGUACAUGACCAGCCUGCUGCCUGCCAAGUACUUUGCCAUUAUCACCAUGAACAAAAGCAGCUGGGGGACUUCAGGCAGACGUAAGAUUGUUGGAAACUACAUGCCUCUUCUCCCUCUGUCCGUGUGGGUCGCCCUUUUACUAAGUGGGUUUGCUUACACGAUUUACCAGGAGAUUCAACAAGACUGGCUCACUCCAGCCAAGACACUAGAGACGCAGUUCAUCAUCUACGGCUGCGUGGCAUACACCUGCUACUGGCUGCUCAUGAUUUUUCUGUACUGGGUGUGGUUCAGGAAGUCGUGUCGGAAACGCGUCCAAAGUUACGCGUUGAAUGUGUAAAUCCAAAGUGACCUGUGAGAAAUGGAAAAUAAUUUAUUGAAACUCAACCACUGACUUCAUUUUAUUUAGUGGGUUUGAUUUAUUUAUUUUGUAGAAUAUUUCAUUAAUUAAUGAACAGGUAUGCUGCUGCUAAACCAACAAACCUAAAAAAAGGGAAAAAAAGGGAAUGAACA